UGGGUUUGGACUUGUUUGGGAUUAGUUUAGGUUCUACCUAGCGUAGGACCGUAGGUAGUGUAACAAGAAGUCCCCCACAUCAAAAUGGAUCCAUCCUUCAUCUUUCUUCACUGGACACUUUUGAAUGCUUCUCGCCCGUUCUCUUAAUAAUCUUACAUAGCAGUCUAACAGAGAAAAAAAAGGGUACCAUAAUACUCCUACGGUAAUCCAAUCCCCCUGUUCCCCAGAAACUGCCGUCUGGUCAAAAGAACGCUAAUAUCCCGAGGUCGUCAUUCGGCUGAACUAUUGGCGCGUCCUGUCUGUCUGUCAUGUCUCGUCUUGUCUCGUCUCAACCUUCCUUUUCCUUCUUGUCCAUGUUUUGUGAUCUUGCGAUGCUUUCUGAUGUCUCUGAUACAUCCCAUCUCAACCAUUGUUACCUGGCGGUGAAGAUUAGAUCUGAAAUGCAACUUUCAAACUCCUUUGCUUGAUUCCUAUUCUCUAUUUCUUAUGAUAUAGUGAAGUGUACACUUACAUAAGAGCUUGGUUCUUUUUUUCCCUUCUGGUCAGGGUUUAUUAAGGUACCUGUCUAUCUCCCCCGGAUACCUAAGUCAAAGAAGAGUAUGGCAGCAAUUGCAGCUUCCAUAGCUGCCACAGCGGCUGGCCUGACAUACCUUGACGGAAAAUACCACUUGCGACAGGACUGGCAGUACAUCCGUGCCAAGAGCAAAGGGGACAAGCUUCUCCAGAAAGCUAUUCAAGAAAAGCGCGUCUCGGCGUACUAUUUCUUCGAAGAGUAUGCCCAGACACAGCCCAACCAGGAAUGCAUCUGGACACGCCAGGCCUGCUACACCUACACCGAGACAUACUACCACGUAAAUCAGUAUGCUCAAUGGUUCUUAAAGCAUGGCGGUGUCAAACCCGGCGACCUCGUCGCCUUCUUCAUGACCAAUAGCCCAGACUUCAUCUUUGCCUGGAUGGGCCUGCUCGCCAUUGGCGCUGCCCCCGCUCUCAUCAACCAUAACCUUACCAAGCAGGCCCUGUUGCACUGCUUAGGAAUUGCCGAAGUAAAGCUCAUUCUUGCUGACGGCGCCCCUCAGCUACUUGAGCGCCUCGACGUUGUCCAGGAGGAGCUAGCAGCAAAGGACGUGCGAAUCAUUAAACUGGCCGAUGCACGACCCGAUAUCAAUGCCACCAAGGGUGAGCGCCCGCCCGACGAGCUCCGCCAUGGCGUUCGGCCCGACACGCCGUUUGGUCUCUUCUACACGAGCGGCACGACUGGAUUGCCGAAAGCUUGCAUGCUGCCAAUGGCGGCUGCUUUCGGAUAUGCCGCUGGCAAACUUGCCGGUUCGUCGUACGUCAAAGGCGAAAAUCAGCGAUACUACGACUGCAUGCCACUGUAUCACGGCACCGGUGGGAUCAGCGGUAUGACACAACUAAUAACGGGCCAGACGCUGUGUAUCGCACCAAAAUUCAGCGCCUCCAAAUUUUGGGAUGACGUCCGCGACUGUCGUGCAACGUGGUUCGUGUACGUGGGCGAAACCCUACGAUACCUAUUGGCAGCGCCACCAUCGCCGCGCGACAAAGAGCAUAACGUGCACUCAAUUUACGGCAACGGCCUAAGACCCGAUGUUUGGAAAUCCUUCCGCGACCGAUUCGGCAUCGAGACCAUCCACGAAUUCUUCAACUCAACCGAGGGCAUCAUGCCGCUGGAGAACCCGGCGCGUGGCGACUUCCGCGCCCACGCCGUAGGCCACCACGGUCUGCUGCAGCGCUGGCGAUUUUCCAACGUCUUCGUCCCCGUCGAGAUCGACCACGACACAGGCGACAUUGCGCGCGACCCAAAAACCGGCUUCGCGCGCCGCGUCCCCUACGAGGUCGGCGGCGAAAUCCUUGUCGCGCAACCCGUUACCAUCACCCCGCCGUUCCCCGGAUAUUACCGCAACGAGGAAGCGACAGCAAAGAAAUUCGUGCGCGACGUCUUCCGCAAAGGCGACUGCUACUACCGCACCGGCGACGCACUGCGGCGCGACAGCCACGGCCGCUGGUUUUUCCUCGACCGGCUCGGCGACACCUUCCGCUGGAAGGGCGAGAACGUGUCGACGGCCGAGGUGUCCGAGGUGCUCGGACGGUACCCGGGCGUCAGCGAGGCGACGGUGUACGGUGUUUCACUGCCGAACCACGACGGGAAGGCUGGCAUGGCAGCUAUUUUCGUCGAUGAGGCUGCUGUGAAGGACUUUGAUUAUAAUGGGCUGUUGAGGUGAGUUUGAAAUUGUGUUAUACCCCUGGAUCUGCGAUUGCAUUUUGCAUUUCACUUGCGCAUCAUACCUUAACCCCUUGCAUCGUCUAAACCCCAAAUAAGGAGCCUGCCCCCAAUCUCUCCCCCCCUCUUCUCAAAAACAAAAGUCAAAAGUGCAAUCCCACUAACCCCCCCCCCCUCAAAAACAGA